GUCACGCGGGUGACCCGGGUUCGAUCCCCGGCAACGGCGAAUUUUCAUAUUUUUUCAGUUCUCUUUUUUUCGAGUCCCUCUCUCUUACUCGCCUGUUACCCUAAUUAACAUCACCACCAAUCAAACCAAACCUUUUUGGAAGACUUAUAUUUCCUCUCAUUUUCGUUUCCCGCCACUCCGUUCCCUCCUCCUCCAUCUCACUCCUCAACGUUACAAAAACGUUAAUUCGCCUCGCCGCUCAAAAAAAUCUGACCGGAAAUGGCGAACCCUAACGGCGCCGCCGUCAAAGAGAAACCAGACGAUCUGGAAAUCAGCUCCAUCGGUUCCCUCUACUCCGGCCCUUGGGACAAGAAGUACUGGAGCUCCUCUAGGGGGAAGGAUCGAUAUCCGUAUCCGAUUGGGUAUGGAGCUGUUCGAGCUCAUAAUGGGAGUACAUAUAAGAUGGAAAUUCAAGAGGGUCCUAAAGGACCUUUGUUUUCGAUUAUUGCUGCCGAUGGACAAUCAUGUUCCGGGCAAACCCCAGAUAUUGCUUGGGAUAAAUUCCAGAAGAAAUGCUUUCCCCGCACAAAGAUUUGGCAUGGGAAGAGAUUUUCGUGCAAGAUAGAUGGUGUGGAGUUUUUUGGGUUUAAAAAUCCAUUUGUCCAGAGGCUACUUCGGGAGCUGGCAACAGAUGUUAACGGAGCAGCAGAGCAAAGUUUGUUACCCUCGAGCUCCUGCAAUGGAGCUUCUAGAACAGACGUUGAUAACCGCUCCCCAGAGGCAUAUUCAGACUUGGGAAGACCACAAAUCACAGGGAAGAGAAGUAGGAAACGUGAAAGUGGAAAUGCAAAGUCAUCCAGUCGGACAGGCAUAAAUAAGACUACAACUGAAGAUCUGGUAUCCAUUUCUGAAGCUUCGAGUCCAAUAAAAGGGAGUAAGAGACAUUGUAAUAAUGGGAAUCCCAUGCCUUCUUCUUUAAAUGAAGAACACGAUAUACCAGCAGUGUUGCCACCAUUAGUGCAUUUAGUACCGGUUCAUCAAGAAGAGAGUGAGAUUUCAGCCAAAGAUCAUUUGCCAUUGGAUUCUGUUGGCUUCUUCAAUCAUCUCAGCAAGGAUAAUAUCCCUGAAGAUUCAAAUGGUCCUGGAAAAUGUAAAGCCACUCCGGCAGCCAUCAACAUGUCCGUGGAUGAAAGAAAACCUGUUGAUAGGUCUCAGGGUACCAAGAUGGAAGACAUUAGUUUUCCAAUGGCACCAAAUGACCAAAAUGUAGAUGCUACAAUUCCACAAGAUUGCCAAGGUCUUACUGAUGUUGAACUUUUUGCUCCUGAUACCUUAGAUUUUACACAAGACAAAACAGCUGAUUCGUCUUCAACUAUCCAACUGUUUGCGCCUGAUACCUUAGAUUCAGAAGGUAAAAAUGCGGAUUCUUCUUCAACUAUCCAAGAUAGAAGCACCAUGGAUGUGGUCAUUGCUGAUGGGCUGCUGACUGAAUCACAUCCGGAAGAAGAAACGCCCACUGUUAAAUCAAAUGCAAGUUCCCAGAAUAUUGAUUUUGAUUCAGUUGGUCAGGAAAUGGCAAAGUCCAUGAUGGCAUUUCUUCUUCCACAGGCUAUUCCUCUCCUCAAUAAGGGCUCUAAGAAGAAAAAGGGUUCUGGUAUCCCUUCAGAAGUUCUGCCUUUUACAGUGAAAUCUCAGAAGGAAAGCAAUGAAAUCACUGCUCCAUCCCCUGGUUUAAUGCCUUCCAAUAAAGAUGCAAAGGGGAAAAAGAUGCAUACCCAAUCUACUGAUAUUGAUCCAAUUGCUCCAACAAAGUCUAUUAUUCCUGACAGUUUAGAUGAUGAUCAAAAUGGUGACCACGUAUCCAAUCACUUGAUAUCUUUGUCUGAUAAGGCUGAACCUGAUCAGCAUAAUUCUGAUGGUGCAUUCCCUAUGAAUAGUCAUGGACAUCUUGUUUCCAGCAAUGAGCAUGGUCAUAAUCUUGCUGGCAAUGAGCAUGGACAUCUUCUUGCUGCCAAUGAGUAUAACAAAUUGAUAGAUGAUCAGCAAGAGACCAGCGGAAGCAACGAUGCAUAUCCGUCUGAGGAAGUGGGCAUGGCUUCAACUGGGAGGCUUCAGGAAUGUGGCCAGUACAUACUUGAGUCUCUUCCAGUUUGUGCAACUCCAUAUAGAAAAGUCUUUUCUGAAGAAAUCACGGAGAAGUUCCAUAUUGAUGAAUGCCCAGUAGGUAUUACUCUCAGUUCUAAGAAAAUGAAUGAAACUGCAGUUGAUCCUACCAAAGAUAUUGUUGAUGAUAACCGAAGAGGCAUGUUAAAUUCUUUAAAUAUAUCAGAGAAGGAAACUGCUGCUAAGACAUUGUCUACCAAAACUGAAAAUCUGUCUUUUUCUCAAGUUCCCAAGUUAGUGUAUACCAGGAAAAAGGUUCAGACUAUAUCUCAUAUGAAAGGCAAUAACAGUGGUCCAGUCUCAAAAAGUAUAAUAUGCAAGAACAAUGUACCUGAGACAUAUCCUUCCACAGAAACUCUGCAGGUGGGUUCUUCUGAUGACAAUUCAAAUAUAAGGGAUUCAUUUUGUGCUGAAGCCAAGAUUGUUGGACGCUCCAGUUUGAAUGCAGAGAAACCUUCGAUGAACUCUAAAGCUGUAUUAAACAGCAUGGGUCCAGCUGUAUUACAAGAUCUAAUUGUUGGUGAGAAAGAUACUUCAUACUUUUGUGAUUUGUUUGUCUCACAUUUAGAAAACCAGGUUGACAAGAAUGUGGUUGGCCAUGAAAACCUCCUACAGUUCAAAGAUUCUGAAACAUCUCAUAAACAAGGGCCGAGUUUCAGUUGUGAUCCCAAUAGCAUUCCAUUUAGUUCAGAUUUGAAGCCUCACAAUAUGGAACUUAAUAAUGGGCUAGUGGGAAUUCUUGAGUUUGUGGGAUGCUAUACCCAUCCUGUUCCUGUUUUGUCAGUGUUGUUGAGCACAAAGGGAAAUCACAUUUACAUUUGUGUUUUAUGUGGCCUACUGGUUGGUAAGGACAUCAGCCUGUUCAUCUACAAGGUAGACAUUGAGGAACUGAAGGUUGGACACCCUUCUCUUGUUGGUCACACAUCAGUAACUUUGCCGGAUCUAACCGAUUAUUUUGGUGGAAUGGCUUUGGGAAGAUCCUGUCUACAAUUGACCCCAGAUGGACAGUGUCUUGUUUUACUUGACAGUAUUAAAACUCCUUUCUGCAGGCAAGGAAAAACCCAUUGUCUGUGCACCACAUGUGCGUCAAGCUGCUCUGAGGAGAAUGCUGUUAAGAUUGUCCAAGUAAAACUUGGUUAUGUUUCAUUAGUGGCAAGAUUGAAAGCAGUAGAGAGUCAAAGAUGUAUAUUGGUUUGUGAACCUAGCAAUCUUGUUUCUGUUGGAAAGACUGGGAGACUGCAUUUGUGGGUCAUGGAUUCAACAUGGAGUGCACAAAUGGAAUAUAUGGUUAUGCCAUCUGAAGAUUGCAUCUCCCCUGGCAUAGUGGAGUUGAAGAGAAUUCCAAAUUGUACUCAUCUAAUUGUCAGCCAUAAUGGUUACGGUGAAUUCAGUUUAUGGGAUAUUUUUAAACGCAUCCUUGUGUCAAGGUUCUUGGUACCAAGUGCUUCAAUUUGUCAAUUUUUUCCUAUCAGUUUGUUUGCUUGGCAAAUGAAUUUCCCUGUUUCUAGCCACUUUGAUAUGGAAGAACAUGUCAAUCAAAUGAUGGCUUCAACAUCGAAGAAACAAUUUUUGUCUGAAGGGGAAGAUGUUGCUGUAUGUCUUCUUGUUUCAUCUUCUGAUUUUGAUGCUCAACAAGACUAUGAAUCAGGUGACUGCCACCCAAAUCCAGUUGGACGGUGGAGGCUAGCUCUCAUGGUGAAAAAUAUGGUGAUCUUCGGAACUGCAUUGGAUUCAAGGGCUUCUGUCAUCGGUGCUUCCGCUGGACAAGGGAUCUGUGGUACUUGUGAUGGACUUGUGUAUAUGUGGGAGCUAUCUUCAGGAACCAAGCUUGGCACCAUGCAUCAUUUUAAAGGUGGCGGUGUUUCAUGUAUUUCUACUGAUGAUUCAAGGUCAGGUGCCGUGGCCAUAGCCGGGGACAAUCAAGUGUUGGUUUAUCUGCGCUCUAGAAAAUAUUCUGUAAACUGACACGCAAACAAGUUAUUUUCUCUCUUGCCUGUGUUAGAUAUGUAUUAGAUAAUUUCCAGUGCUUAGUAGUUAGUACACACUGAAAUUUCUGCCUUGUUGCCACUCAGCUAGCUAACAAGAUUUAGAUUUCUGAUCAGAACUGUGUAUCUGCCAAAAUUAGAAUCUCAGAUUUAGAUUUCUGUGAAA